AUGCGGGCAGCAGCCAAUAGUUCUAACCGGGAUAUCAAACGGUCAUGCGGUAUUCGACAAGAGCGGAUAAACAUCCAAAACACACUGCAAGUGAAGGAGAUCACUCGAAACCCCCGAAGGCCUCAGAAGCCUGAUAAACUUCUGUCACUUGCUCUGGCAUCUGGCACUUCUUGCACAAACAGCUCCAUGGUGCAUAAGUCCAAAGGUCGCUGCAAGAAACAGAAGCCUUAUAUCACGACGAAAGCAACUACAAGACAGGACUGCCGAAAUACUGUUCACGAUCAAGAAUUGAUGAGAUUUCGUGAGACUAAAGUCAUGGUGACAGUAGGGCAAGAGAAAGAUCGUGGAAGUAUUUCAAACUCCAGCUCAACACCACGUGUUCUUAUAUACAACGAGCCACGAGACAACUACUGUCCGAUUUCAAAAGAUGGUAUCGCCCCCACAAAUUUCCACUUCAAUGGCAUAAACAAUGAAUACAUUCCUCAUAUGACAUCUGAACUCAGACAUGAAGAUCCACCUUUGCCAGAUAUUCUGCACGAAUUUAACAGCACGGACGGUUCUGAACCUAUUGGACAACACCGUGAGAUAGUGAAGCACCUGGGGCAAGCUAUAGGUGACAGUUUCUGCAAUCGCUCGCCGUCUGUCCCCACAUUACCAUCAAGCAGAAGUCAACUUCAAUUGCACGAAAACGGUGGACAACAUUCUAGCCCAAAUCACGUGCAUUGCAAAGUUCUGUCCACCAAAUCAGAACCUUCCACUAUUUACAGGCAGAAAUGUAAAGAAGCUGCUGCGUGUGAUGUUUUAAGUCUCUCCGAGUCAAACAAAACUCUUAACAAACACGCUGAAAUGAAUGAUUCUGUGCCAACGGUGGAAUCACAUAACGCGCAAAAACAUCUACAGUUAUCACCUCCCCGGAACAUUCAAGAUACUCCUUCGUUAUUUGAAGCUUCUAUACUAUAUGAUCAAUGGCAAAAUAUCUCAAGAAUGAGAUCUCAUAUAGCUUCACUACGCUUCUCACUUCAACAUAAGCGCCAUGUUCUUCGCAUGCUGCAGAAUGAGAAAUCUCUUGCAGACGAGGCGUACUUCAAGAGAGUUAAAAUGAGGGAAUUUCAGAUGCCCUUUCCAAGCGAAUGGUGGUCUGAGAAGACCACAGAAGAGUUGCUUUGCGACUGUCAGAAAUCCAGAGACAAAUAUGGUUCUUUAGAAGAUGAAUACAACUAUCUUGAGCGUGAUCUAGAUAUACAAGAAUAUGAACUGUCACGACACGAAGAGCAUUUCUACAGUCAGCUGAGGGACCCCUCACGUUUUUUGCCCGCUUUAGCGGGCCACAUGAGAUAUCCAGAGUGGAUGGAAGAACCAGAACGCCUCGAGCCACCAAAGCCGCAGGAAUUGCAUCCAUUGGUGGAUGCAUAUCUUUCGAAGCUCGGGGAACUUGACAACUUUCGGGAACUUUAUGAUGAUAUCUUGGAUGAGAAAUUGAGCCUCGAAGAGAAAGUAGACUUGAGAAAGCGGUUUGAUAUGGAACCCCUGACUAUCGAAAAUCAAGAGUGGCUAGAUAGCUCCCAAGCUCAAUUGGACGAUCUGAUCUACAAGAUUCGAAUUGCUGAGGAGGAGGAGAAGGAGUUACAUCAAAAGUGCCUCUCACUGGGUUUGAUAGAUGAAGCUGGAGAACCGGUAGAAUCAUCGAAGCAGGAGCAAUCUAGCCCAUCUUUGGACUUAACUCUCAAGCCACUCGAAGUUCCAAACCAAUAUUCUCAAUUAUCUUCAUUGCUCCCUUCAGAGCCGAGCAAAUUAGAGAGCGUCAUCAAAACAUUGGAUUCUGAGAACAAUCGUCUAACACGAAACGAGAGAUUCGAUCGAUGGUCACUGGAGAAACUUCAGAUCUCUCUUCAUGAGGUCAAUAUCUACACACAUUGCUUUAAAACCUACGACGAGUCAGAAGAUCUAAGCAAACUCAAAGAGAAAUUCUGCGAGGAAGAUUUCACGGCUGCCUGGUUUGAGGAUGGCUUUACGGAUCAUGAUACAAAAUCUAAUGUCUUGACGGUUACCAAUUCGCCUUCCCAAUAA